AUGGAAGAUCCAGACUUCGGAUUUUACAUCUACUGCAAAGUAGACGACACCAAGUUAUACUUGUGCGCAGACUCGACAGACGAGAGCAAGGUUUGUCUUGUCACCAGCGUUCCUUAUCCCAACGCUUACGCUCGAUUCUACGUGGAGUUUCCGAGUACCCGCCGUUUGGCACCCGUUUCUCGUUGGGAAAAGGAUUCGUUGCACGUGUUGAGAAAGACUGCGUACAUGAAACGACGUCAGUAUCUUGUCAUUGAUGCACAGACUAGACAGCUGUCGUUUACCUCUGGAGAAGAACUUGAUCGUAGUCAGAGAACCUACAGGCGUCAGAAAGUGGCCGAGGCUAUUAGAAAAAACGAGCUUUCAGCAGAGACCAGAGACGUGUCAUUGUUCAGAUCUGCCAUUCCCAGAUUGACAGAUAAACAAGUUUCGCCUGCACCAAAUAGCAGCGAUGAAGAUGCUAAACUGAAGAAAAAAAAGUUGCACGUUAAACACCUGAAACGAAUGAGAGAGUUGGCAGCAGUAAAGAGGCGAGUUCAAGACAAGGUGUGCCCGGACUGGAGACAGAAGGCAGUUAAAGAAGGCUUCUUAAUUAGCGAUUCAGGAGAAGAGUCGAGUGAUGCAGGGGCCAACUGCAGUGAAUUAGCUGACAAAGACAAUCAAAUGUCAGAGUAUGAAGCAGAAUAUGACGAUUCUGAUGUAAUUCCUGCAACACCAGAACAUAGUGCAAAUUAUGAGCAUAAAUCAGAUGUACCGGUAGCUGUGACAUCUCCAAAACAUAGACAAGAUGAUGAGGUCGAUGAUAUGUUCGAAGAUCUAUUGCCUCUUGCAGCCAGCUUUAACGCUUUUCCAUCUACACAGAAUCAAGGUUUGACAGAAUUGACGACUGUACAUGUAAGGAGCAAAAAAAGGAAAACCUUGUCAUUGAAAGAAUCCAGCUGCAGGGGAAGAGACCAGUGCAUAAAGGUUCUGCAAGAAUUGACAUGUAAUGACUUUGUUGAGGACACAUGCACAGAAAAUUACUCUCACUUAGAAGAGCCAAGCCAAAGCAUUUUGCAGUGGAGAGUAAUAUUAGAGACACAUGAUAAUGACACUUACGAGUAUUAG